GGCUCCAGAUCAGAUCCCAAACGCGUCCAUGAUCUCAGCGUCCCGUGGAAUGUGGCGGUUCGAUGUCACGUUCGGCAUCUUUGGACAGAAACGGGUGUGACUCCUCUGACCGGACCAGCGCCAGCGUCGCGACGCCAGUCUUUGAGCCGAGCAAAUACCCAGAUGGGGAGUGCAACUCUGGCCAGCUGACCCAUCCCGACUCUUCGUGUGUGCGAAGAGCGUGCCGCCUGCGCAAGCAUACACGUCAGAAGAUCAAACAGCGGGUCUUGCGGCUGUUGGGUCAGCGUUCUGCCCAAGCACGCGAAGAAUUGCAAGCCCAAGCAGUUAGGAGUUCCUAUGCCCGCCAUUUGGUUGACCGCCACGAGAGAAGAGUCGUGGCCCCACCUGCCGCCGAGAUUGACAAGAAAAAGGUGUUGGCUGAGAUUAAGGCGGUCUGGAAACUCAGGACGGUCAGCCGGCUUGCUACGGGGUCCCCAGGCUGGAGUCGUGGCCUACAUACAACGAGUGGUCGAGGGCGCGGAACCGCCGGCGGCGGCUGGCGGAGCGCCUUUGCCACCUCCGGCAGCGCCUGAGCGCUUGAUGUUUUGGCUUUGAUCCCGAGAUCGGGCCACAGGACAUCGAUGUUUGUGGAUAGAUUCUCAUAGAUGUUUGUGUGCUACUUGGCAAUGCCCAGUCAAACUUGGUGUCCAAAAUGUGGACCAUCAACAGGAAUUGUUGACGAUCCCGCAGAUGGAUCUUUUUCCUCAUCAAAUCUGGAGGUAUGUACUCCCAGAUGGACUCUACUGGCCUGGAAUGGCCACCCGUGUUGGCACUGAAACUGUCCUUGCGUG